AUGUGGCGGGCGGUGUCGGGGGCGCGGCGGCUGCUGCGGCCGCUCGGGGCCGCGGCCGGGGCCCACCCGCGGGCAGUGCCGCCGCCACCCCGGGCCCCGCCGAGUCCCCGCGGGGGCUGCGCGGCGGCGGGAGCCGGGGCCGGGGUGCUGGAGGUGGCGGCGGAGCGGCGCCAGGCGGCAGAUACUGUUCUUCAGAAGUUCAACAUUGACUUUGUUGUAGCGCUGCUGAGGCAAGAAAAUGCUAAAGACAUCUGUGUCAUCCAUCCACCUCCAGAAAUAAAAUACUGUGAUUAUUUUAUAAUUGUGAGUGGAUCUUCAACACGGCAUCUCCAUGCAAUGGCACAUUACAUGCUGAAAAUGUACAAGCAUCUCAGAGAAGAAAGUGCUCCUCAUACUCAGAUUGAAGGAAAAGAGACAGAUGACUGGCUGUGCAUUGAUUUUGGUAACAUAGUGGUACAUUUCAUGCUGCCAGAGACACGAGAGGUUUAUGAAUUGGAGAAGCUGUGGACUCUUGGUUCCUACGAUGACCAGUUAGCAGAGAUGACUUCACAGUCCCUGCCAGAAGACUUUAUAUUUGGACUGACUGCUAACAGCAGUGAUCAACUUGAGACAAGAACUUAAUGCAGCUACUGUGUGGAAAGAGAAUGAGUGUGCCUUCACAGAUCACAGAAAGGCUUGGGAACUGACUGAGCAGUCAGUACAGUUAUCAGUACAAAACAGUGUAUUUGUUGAAUGUGCCUAAGCAAAGUUCUGAACAAACUGAAAAAGUGAUCAGAAUCACAGAAUCGUCAAGGUUGGAAACGACCUUUAAGAUAAAGUCCAACCAUAAAAUGUCAAAGAGGGAAUCCUAUCAGAGUUCUGGGGGAGCCACUGCCCCAGUGGAGUUUGCAGUGAGAAGAGUGGGAUAAAAACAGCUGUUAAGCUACUUACCCUGAAACUCAUGCUCAUCCUCUGGAGUAAUUGUUUUUUUUAGUGUCUUUGAAAAACUUGCCUGUAGUGGUAGUGCAAAACAGAUUUGAGUGCUGCAAGGAAAAACUGUGAAAUAGUACAGCUGAGAUGACGCUUCUUGUGUUAAGCCAUUUGCUUCUGGUCACAAUAAAGCAAGUCAUGGUCUGAGUUGAAGGGGGACAGAAAACAGACUGGUGUUACUAAGAACAUAAAAGCCAAGAGCAGCAGUGACAAAUAAAUGUGCUCUGAAUUAACAGAACAGUAAGUCAGUUUUUCAGCCAAGGCCAAUCUGGUUUUAAUAAUAAUAAAAAACCCAAACUGAAGUGCUUCAA